AUGUAUCGCCAGCCUAAGAAGCGGGCCGAGAACCUUAAAUGCAUGUUCUGUCGUCGAGACAAGCGGAAGUGUAUUCCCACACGCCGGCGAAGCGCGAAAGACGAAAAGCGUGUUUUGCGAGAAAUACGACAAGAAACCACCGGUGUAAUCAGUGAUGCCGCUCCCAGCACUUUGAGGCAGAUAGACCACGAAGAGGAAUCGACUGAAGAACUUGAUAGAGGGGUUGUUACUUUAGAAUCGAUUGUUGAGCCUGUUGACGACGUAUUUGAUAAUACCAGCCAAAUACCACUCGAACGUACUCGGCAAUCAACCUCUUCUUCACACGCAGUGACUCUUAGAGUCCAGCCACGAUCUGGUCGGCAAUGGAAUAACGUUACAUUUCGACUCAAUGAACGUCUUCGCCACCUUUGGGCAAGCCCGGACACCUAUAAAAACGUGUGCAGUUCUAGGUUUGGGACUACUUUGUCUGAUCUGUUUUUCUACGACUUUCGACAAAUUGCAAAUGCGCUUUUACAGGAAGACAUGGUCUACAAUGCAUUGUAUGCAUUCAGUGCAGCUGAUUCAGCAGUUAAUGCUGAGUUCGAUACGAGGAUCAAUUUCGAAGUUGAAGCCCGUAUGUUCUUUCAGGAGGCGAGCCGCCUUCUCAGAGAGAACCUCACGGAAAUAAUUGAGAGCAGCGAAUCAAACCGACGUGUCAACAUUAUGCCUGCUUUUUACACGAUCUUUCUACUGGCUGCCUAUGCUGUUAGAAAGAUUUGUGCCAACGAGCCAAACAUUCUUGAAUCAAUGGCCAGCAUGAUCUCGUUUCUUCGUCAGAGAAGUGCAGUUUUCCCUCUCAGUCUUCGCUACAGUUGUUUAGAACCAACAGGGUGGCGUUUCCAGAUCUUCCUCGCGGACGAUAUUGAAGACACUGGGCUAAUAUGUGGGCACGAUACGACAAUAUUUGAUUCAGCAAGACAUGAAUUUGAGCAGACGGUUACGGAAUUUCCAAGAGUCGUGGAAAUACCUCAAGAAAAUUCUGAUUGA